AUGCAUGGUGCUUUGGUGUUUGGGUUCGUCGUCGUUUUUUUAUCAUUUCUAGUCUUAUGGCAACGUGCAUCUUGCGUAAGUAAGAUACACCUACUUGGGGACGUUCUUUUUGUGUUCGCACACCCGGACGAUGAAGCGAUGUUCUUCUCGCCGCUGUUGGAUUAUGUCAGGCGCCAUGGCCUGAAUGCCCACUUUCUCUGCUUGUCCAAUGGAAACUACAGUGGCUUGGGCACAGUCAGGGAGAAAGAGUUAGUUGCCAGUGCGGAGUACUUUGGAGUUAACAGGCGUAGCGUCCGCGUGGUAGACCACCCGGACCUACAGGAUGGUCCAGACAACUUAUGGAAUACCGAAAUAGUCCAACGAGAGGUUCUUUCGUACCUGCACAGCGUCAAGGACAUCCGCACUGUUAUCACGUUUGAUCAUAGGGGAGUCUCUUCUCAUGCGAAUCACGUAGCGGUGUAUGAGGGAGUUCUCUUGGCGAAAAAGAAUCUUCCUCCCGGGAUACUAUUUUUGAGUCUGCACACGAGGGACUUAUUGGAAAAGUACGUGGGUAUACUUUCCACAGUAGGCUAUACGGUAGGAAUACAUCGUUGCGGCGGACGCCGAAACCACGUAAUCCUCAUUCCGCCGACCUCAUUGUUCACAAGCUUUUCCGCCAUGAGGAAACACAAAACCCAACUUGUGUGGUUCCGCUAUUUGUUUGUUUGGUUUUCUUCCUACUCUUACGUUAAUGAAGUGAAGGAAUUGGGGGUCGCAUGA